CUGCGCGGUGACGGAUGUCCAAAGUUCAGAACUUUUUCAAUGUGAGAGACACAGAGAUGGGGACGGCUUAGAGCACAGCUGAGAUCCAGCACGUUGUUAUUGAGACUAUUUUUCUGUGAGUGAGCAGUGAGGAGCUGAGAUUUUUUGCGCGUUCAGAGGAGAAGUGGAGCUCUCCGUGUGCGUAUUUUGGAGCUUUAAUAUUAUUUCAAAGAAGAAAUCAUGCAGGCUCGUUACUCCGUCUCCAGUCCCAACUCUCUGGGCGUCGUGCCGUACAUCAGCAGCGACCCCAGCUACUACCGGGCCGCUGCCGGUGGAGGGUACACGGGGAUGCCCGCACCUAUGAACAUGUACUCCCACGCGGCUCAUGACCAGUACCCAGCCAGCAUGGCCCGUGCGUAUGGACCGUACACCCCCCAACCUCAACCCAAGGAUAUGGUGAAACCCCCCUAUAGCUACAUCGCGCUCAUCACUAUGGCUAUCCAGAACUCGCCUGACAAGAAGGUGACCCUGAAUGGGAUUUACCAGUUUAUCAUGGAGAGGUUUCCAUUUUACCGAGACAACAAGCAGGGCUGGCAGAACAGCAUCAGGCACAAUCUGUCUCUGAAUGAGUGUUUUGUCAAAGUGCCCCGCGAUGAUAAAAAGCCAGGCAAAGGCAGCUACUGGACCCUGGACCCGGACUCUUACAACAUGUUUGAAAACGGCAGCUUCCUGAGAAGGAGGCGACGGUUCAAGAAGAAGGACGCCAUGAAGGAGAAGGAGGAGCGGCUGCAGAAGGAUGUGCCGCCCAGGCAGCAGGCGGGCCGGGAGCAGGAGCAGCCGGUGCAGCCGGGCUCCAAGCCCGUGAGGAUCCAGGAUAUUAAGACUGAGAACGGGGCUGUGACGCCGCCGCAGGCCGACUCGCCCUCAUUGAGCACCGUGCCCAAAAUCGAGAGCCCGGACAGCAGCAGCAGCAUGUCCAGCGGGAGCCCUCACAGCAUCCCCUCCAACAGAUCCAUAGGCAUGGACAGCUCCGAGCACCACCAGCACCACGGCCAGGCCUCGACGCAGGGCUUCAGCGUGGACAACAUCAUGACCUCGCUGCGGGGUUCUCCACAAGGGGAGCUCCCCUCCAGCCUCACAGCCUCCACCAGGACAGGUAUAACACCGUCUUUGUCCUUAAACUAUUCUCCGAACCAGACAUCUGUGUAUAGUUCACCGUGUAACCAAAACUCCAUCUCCACUACCUCCAACGCGACCUAUCAUUGUAACAUGCAAGCCAUGAGCUUGUACGCCGGGGACAGGUCUAGCCACUUGGCAACGAGCACCACCGUGGACGAAACGUUGCCAGAUUACUCAGUGACGACCACCUCGUCUUCCAUGGCGCAUGGUAAUCUAAACUCCGGCCAGGAGGGCCACCAUCCCCACCAAGGGAGGCUGACCUCAUGGUACCUGAACCAGGCCGGAGACCUGGGCCACCUGGGCGCAGCGUACCCGGCGCAGCAGCAGAACUUCCACUCAGUCCGAGAGAUGUUUGAAUCCCAAAGAAUUGGCUUGAAUAACUCACCGGUGAACGGGAAUAACAGCUGUCAGAUGUCAUUCCCACCGAGCCAACCCAUCUAUCGCACUUCUGGAGCUUUCGUAUAUGACUGCAGCAAGUUCUGACCAACAGCAUAGGCUCAGUUUAUUUUCCUCACGGUGUUUGAACUCUUCCAGUAAAAAUCCAAGCCCACACCACAUGGACUAAUAUGAGACAGAAAACUAAAAAAACAGACUUGAUCUUGGUUUUUCUAAAGAAAAGUGUUACUGCAAAUAACACGUAAGUCUCUCUUUGCUUUUGUGCUUUUAUGUGUAAGAGGAUGUGUCAGUUUUCAAGGACGUGUAAAUUGCAUAUAGUAAUUUAUUUCUAAAAAAAAAAAAAGAAAAAAAGAAGAAGAAAAUGUAGCCGGAUAUUAUGGACCAAACACCAAAAAAAGUGUUUCUAAAUUGAAUUGCCUUAAUUGUCCAAACAAGUGUUCCAUUAUAAAAGUAAGAAAAAAAGGAACGUGUGUAUCGCCGUACUAUUUCAAAGAUUCUUCAUUUGUUGAAAAGUAUUCUGAAGGAUUUUUUGUUUUGUUUGUUUAAUAAAUUGUCAUUUUAUGUGAGUUAAA